ACGUGAUUGACUCUAUCGAUAUCCCAAGAGCAAGCAAUGUCACUCUGCCUGUUAACGUGCAGUAUGGAUUCUGCAAGUUAAAAUCACUGUCUCCUAAAGAGGCUCAUGAAGAAAAACUUCUACUGGAGUCCAUCGCUUGGCCUCAAACUCCACCAUUGUCAUCACCUAAUUCCCUGAGCAAGACCAGUGAUCCAGCACACAGCAGCUUCAUCAUUCUACCAAGGAGGAAGGGGGGGCAGUGGCAAAUGGGAGAUAAGCUGGAGGUUUUGAUUCAAAUGUGUGACUCCCAGGGAUAUCCAAAGACUUAUGGGGGAGACGUCUUAUUUGCCCGUCUGUCCAACACAGCUCUUGGUGCAGGAGUGGCAGGGCAAGUGACGGAUUAUCUUAAUGGCGCCUACUAUGCUGCAUUCACUUUACUGUGGGAAGGAAGUGCAUAUGUUGAGGUAACACUGGUUCACCCAAGUGAGGCAGUCACAGAGUUGCACAGGCUGAACAGAGAACAUCCUGAUAGGAUCUUCUUCAAGAGUCAGUUCCGUUCUGGUUCUGUCACUGAAACUACCACCUGCAAUGUAUGUUUGCGUCCUACCCAGCAACCUGUGUGCAACUACACUGAUCUCCGUACAGGUGAGCCAUGGUUGUGCUACAAGCCAAAGGAGCUGAGCUGUGAUGACAGGAUCAACAACUUCAAUGGAGGAUAUGAAGAAAAAAUUAGCACCAUGGACAAACUGUUUAAGAGUGCGCCGAAUGGAAAGACUUUUCAUAAACAACAUAAGGAUAAUCUUACACUUUGUUUGUUUUACCUCUUCUCAGGUCUAUCAGAUGCAAGUAACACCAGUGUGGACUCUGGACCCUCUGGCUAUUAUUACCAGGGUGUGUGGAGACCACUAGGUGGCACCACAGUUUAUCAGUUCAACACUUCCUCAGCCAUCACUCAGUGCCUUAAAGGAAAGGCGGUUCAUAUGUAUGGAGACUCCACCAUCAGGCAGUGGUUUGAACACCUUAUUGCAGCAGUACCAGAUCUAAAGGAGUUUAACCUACAUGGUGCAAAACAAUCUGGGCCUUUUAUGGCUCUGGACAAUGCAAAUAACAUCAUUGUGACAUACCGCUGCCACGGUCCUCCUCUCCGAUCCACCAUUGUCCCAGUCAUUGAGCUGCAUUAUAUUACCAAUGAGCUGGACAACAUAGUUGGAGGCAGCAACACCGUAGUAGUUAUUGGCAUCUGGGCACACUUCGCCACUUUUCCCACUGAGUUCUACAUCGGACGGCUACAGAGCAUCCACAGGGCAGUGGUGCAGCUGCUGUCCAGGGCUCCAGAAACACUGAUUAUCAUUCGCACCGGAAACCCCAAAGUUGUGGCCAACUUCCUUCAUGCAUCUACUAACAGUGACUGGUACUCGCUACAGCAGAACAAAGUGCUCAGAGCUCUUUUCAAAGGGGUGAAUGUUCAUCUGGUGGAUGCCUGGGAGAUGGUCCUAGCCCACCACCUCCCACAUGAGCUUCACCCACAACCUCCAAUUAUCGAGAAUAUGAUAAAUGUUCUCUUGUCAUAUAUAUGUCCUGAGAAGGAUAGUUAGAUGUGUUUGUUUCAGUAGUCUAUGUAUACACAUUUAUC